CUAAUUGUUUUUGACGAGGACGAGGAAUACGCGAGGAAAAGCAAGAAAAUUGCAGAGAAGCGCGAGAAAAACAGGAAAAGUGCAAAACGGAAAAGCGCGGCCACAAAGUCAAACCGAAGCGCGGCAUUUUUACAGCGUUUGCAUUCCAUUCAGACGCACAGCGAACGUGCUUACCACGAACACGGAUCAGGUUAUUUUGACCAAAUGUGGUAAAAAUAGCAGACAGCAGAAGCAUAGAAGCAGCAGCCACUGCCGCCGCCGCCGCGCCGUCGUCGUCGACGCCGACUCCCAAAACUCCAGAAAAGCCCACACGUUCGAAACCGAAUCCCCCCUCCCUCCUCCCACAAACGGACGUACGCACACACAAACACCCGGCCACACGCAGACUGAAAUCCGUGCAACAGAAACGGGGAAAAUCUUUUUGCGGAAAAGUGCAUAAACCCAGAAAAGAACCAAGCCAUAAUGUCACGACCACGUCCGCGUCCGCAACCCAUCAGUAUCCACCGCGAGCCGGAACAAGCUCUUGUCCCGCCACGGAACCUGGACUCACGCGCCACCAUCCAGAUCGGCGACCAGACCUUCGACAUAGAUGCCGACAGCCUGGAGCGAAUCUGUGAUCUGGGACGGGGCGCCUAUGGCAUUGUGGAGAAGAUGCGCCAUCGCCAGACGGACACAGUGCUGGCGGUAAAGCGUAUACCGAUGACCGUCAAUAUACGGGAGCAGCAUCGUCUUGUCAUGGACCUGGAUAUAUCGAUGCGCUCCAGCGACUGUCCCUACACGGUGCACUUCUAUGGGGCGAUGUAUCGCGAGGGCGAUGUCUGGAUCUGCAUGGAGGUGAUGAGCACCAGUCUGGACAAAUUCUAUCCGAAGGUCUUCAAGCAUGACCUGCGCAUGGAGGAGAGUGUGCUGGGCAAGAUUGCCAUGAGCGUGGUCAGUGCCCUUCAUUAUCUGCACGCUCAACUGAAGGUCAUCCAUAGAGAUGUGAAGCCAUCGAACAUACUGAUCAAUCGCGCCGGCCAGGUGAAGAUCUGUGACUUUGGCAUCUCAGGUUAUCUGGUGGACUCCAUUGCCAAGACGAUUGAUGCCGGCUGCAAGCCGUACAUGGCACCCGAGCGCAUCGAUCCACAAGGUAAUCCUGCACAGUACGACAUACGCUCCGAUGUGUGGUCGCUGGGCAUAAGCAUGAUUGAAAUGGCCACCGGCCGCUAUCCGUACGACAAUUGGCGGACACCAUUCGAGCAAUUGCGACAGGUGGUUGAGGAUGAUCCACCCAGGCUGCCGGCGGGCACAUUCUCGCCCGAAUUCGAAGACUUUAUUGCCACCAGCCUGCAGAAGGAGUAUAUGGCGCGGCCCAACUAUGAGCAGCUGCUGAAGCACAGCUUCAUUGUGGAGCAUCUGCAGCGCAAUACGGACAUAUCCGAGUUUGUGGCCAGAAUACUGGAUUUGCCCGACGAACAGCAGCAGCAACAGCAGCAGAAGCCGCCGCAGUAGAGGCACCCGCAGCAGUGGAGUGUCUCUUCCCGUGUAAAUUGCCGCCGUCUUCUUUCUAGCAUGCAUUUCGUACAUGUGUGUGUGUGUGUGUGUGUAUGUGUGUGUGUGUUGUGUCUCUGGAACUACAAAACAAAAACAAAAAACAAAAGAAAAAAAAAAGCAGAAAAGGGAAAAGCAAAUAGCAAAAACCAGCCCAUAUGGAAAACAUUAUAUAAUUCUAGUUUUAAGUGGAAAGCAAACCAAGCAGAAAGCAAACAAGCCGAGCAGAAGAGCCGAAGCAAAGAGAAGCCGAAGCCGAAGCUGAAGCCUCUUCCUUCAACGACAACCAACUACUUUAGGGGCUGCCAGCCGCCCCCAGCACUCCAAAUGCCUCUUGCACUACGCUCAAAGCCAAACCGUGCCUCCCGUCAGCUGUCCAGCUAUCAGUCGCUGUUAGUUAGUUAGUUGCUGCUGCUAAAACUAUAUCUUAUAUAUGUAAACACACAAUAUUAAUCAAUUUGUACUACGAAGUUAUCCAAAAGAAAGUUAAAGAGAGAGAGUGAGAGUGAGCCAGGGGAAAACUUUCAGGUAGUGAAGUGGGAACUGGAACUGAAACUGAAACAACGGGGAGAAGUGCAAGUGCGGAGAGUAAGCGCCGUCGCGCAGACGUAAUAAUGGUAAUUGUCUAACAAAUAAACCAUACGCGGAUUAUAGCUAAUUAAUGUUUAAACAUCUCCUGUAAUUAAUUGUUGAUUUUUUUAAAUAUGUUUAACGAUAACGAUCUAAAUGUACAAGAGAAUGAGAGAGAGAGAGAGAGAGGAGCGCGCAGAGCGGCGAGAAUUCAAUUAAUACGAAAUGUACGAUGUACGAUAUAUGGAUGUGUGUAUGCCAUGCCCCCCCCCCCGCCCGAAACAACAAAUCAAUCAAUCAAGCAAUAGAUUAACAUUUACCUUAACAACAAAUGCGCAGGCUCUAAAAAAAAAAUCAAUUGUAUUAUUGGCUCUUAAAUGGAUCCUCCUUUGGAGGGAACUUACAAAUAAAAGUGUGCUUGAAAGCCAGCAUCGGCAUGCCGAUGCCGAUGUCUCUAUA